CACACUAGUGUCGGAAAGAAGGAUGCGUUCACACAGAGACCCUAUCACCUUCCGAAAUGGGAUUUACUUUGGGCAAAUGUGCUGCUGAGUUCAACAGGUUGGAAGCUUGCUAUUCAGACUUUGAGCCUCUUUUCCUUCUCCAUGGAUGGAAAUCAAGCGGAAGGAAAGCAAUGCUGGGAAACGCGCCGCGCUUUUUUCACUUUCCCUGAAGUGUAAAGUUUUGUAAAGUUGACAAAGUUGGAUUUGUUGUGUCAAAACAGAGCCGGAUCAAUGGGCGCGCAGCGUUAGUUUAUACUUUGUAUCAACAAAGACGCAGAAACAGACUGGGGAUCUAUCGGUGAACUCAAAACAAACCACACAAGGAGGGAAUUUCGAGCCCAAAAAGGCUUGAGGAAAGAGAGACGCGAUGGCAGAGAAGGAGCCACAGAGCAAAGCUGCGGUUUACCGGAGUGUCUCUUUCAAAAAGUUGCACAAUUGGAAAGCCAAUAAAAGCGGUUCUGGAGCUGAGGAUCAGCGCCACGGCUUGGAGGAUUUGGAGACUGGAGGAGCCCUUCCCCCUCCGGCUGCACAGCCCUCGGAUAUGCGCAGUGCUGCUGUGGCUAGAAAAGUUUCCAAAAUCUCAGCAGCCAGCCUCUCGAGGGCAGAGCUGAAGAAAGGCUCCACUCAUUCCAUUUCACCCUCAAUCCGCCAGCUCUCAGAAAAGUUUGGAACCAACACCGCAGUCUUUCAGUCUGCAGUUUCACCCAGGAUUAGAUCUCCAGAUAGAUCGUCUUCCCAGGACGUUUCAAGAUGUUUCCCAGAUCAGAAUAAAGAUCUUUCAGGAAUCCUGAGCGACAAACUUUCGGAUUGUAAGUGUCAAGAGUCCGUCUCUGGCUCCGACUCGGAUAGAGGUCCUAAGCGGAGGGUUCGAAAGCUCGGCGGUGGUACGAAGGCAGGUAAGAGUGAUUAUUCUGAAAUCAGUGAUGGCUCUGACAGCUUUAGUGGUAACGCUUUAAAUUCAGAAGACGAUCUUUGUGUCCUAGGAAUUUCAUCAUACAAGUCUCAUCGCCGCCAUCGCUCUUCCCAAGGUGAGACUAUUCAUGUCGAUUCGAGCUGGCCGAGCGUUACGAAAAUUAGAGAGCUUUUUGGGGAUGGUCAUAGAAAGAAGCACAAGUCAAUGUCCGAUGGAGAGGACUUGAAAUCUGAUGACUAUCACCUUCAUUAUUCCUGCAACACAUCCUCAGACAAGAGCGACAGGCACUUGCCACUGCAGCCAAGAGGACGCUGGCAGGAUACGAACAGCUCCGAUCGUGAUGCUAAUAAAUGUCAGGGUAUGGACUCUGUUUUUAGAACAGAAACGCAUUCUCAUGAUGGUGAUCUUAGAAAGCUGUCAACGGAUAUAAGUAGAGUUGAGACUCGGAUCAGGAGCAGAAAGGACUGGGCAGACAGUGACCUCCGACCCACUCCACCCACCCCUCCACCUCGCACUAGUUCUGUUGCACUGCCUCUCAGGUCCCAUUCAUGUGCUUACAGUGAGCAGCCGCAGCCAUCAGAUAGUUUGCAUUCCUCACAUACUUCCUCAAAACCACAGAGGGGCUCUUCCGUGGAACCGGUGAGCACUUGUGAGAGACUGAGUUCUGGAGAAGACGAGGACAAAUCUGGAGGGCAGACAGGUAGAAAAACCCUCUCGUUUGUGCACAGCAGUGAAGGAAUUGGCGCACACGUUUCAAGGAACAAGCAUGAUGCCUGGGCCAAACUCUCUCAUCGGUCUUCAGGUAGUGAGGAAGACAGCCCAGCAGGAUUAGCUCACCAGGUUCGACGUCGUUCUUUGAGGAAAAAGAAGAAAAGCAAUUGCAGUAGAGAGAAUGAAGAGUCUGAUGACAGUGAUGACCAGCACAUGAUGAUGGAGCACCUGGAGCGCCACCAGCGUUCAUGUGAUUCUCAAAUGGAGGGACGCAGGCUUGACAGCUUGCGGUCUAAGGCCUGCUUUAGUGGGCAGAUAUGGGAGAGAGAACACACAGCUCAAGGUUCCUCUGUGGUUCAGGACAGUUAUAGGCGUCUAUGUAAAGCUUCUGAAGGACAGGUUGGCACCAGUAACGUCCCAUUUGUAUCCCGUGUGUCAAAAGUGACCAUUCCCUCAUUUCUCUCUACCCCGUUGGGGUCACGCUGUAGCAGCAGAUAUUCCAGCACUGAGACACUGAAGGCUGAAGAUCUUGUGAGUUCACCAUCCAGCAGAGCCUCAUCUUCUGUCUUAAGCAAAACAUAUCAUGGCAAUGCUACUAUGUAUCGCUCACCUAGUUUUGGGCAUGGAGACAAUUUUUCUCGUGCCCCUGUGCGUGUUCGUCCCCGGCUGGUGCCUAGCUUGAAUCAAGGAGAAGGUGUUCCUAAUGCUGCAGAAAACAGACUUGGCCGCCAUUCUGUCAGUCAUGAAAAAGAUAAAGACAGAAUAUCCAUGUCAAAUCCUGAUAUUGCUUCAGAAACUCUGUCACUGCUGAGUUACCUGAAAACUGAUUUAUCAGAUCUGAGGAUGAAGAAGAGAGGCCAAGAUGGUGAGGAAAGACUAAACUCUAGCUUUCAGGGUGUUCAAAGUGCAACAACGAUGUACAGAAUGGGCUCAAGAACCUCAGGGUUGAACUCUAGAAGGCCCUCGCUUAAGGACCUCACUGCUACUUUGAGGAGGACCAAAUCUUUUACUUACUCAGAGAAACCAUUAGGGUCAGCUAUGAGGAGUUCCUCCGAGCAAAGACUGGACUGUGAAAGUGAUGGAGAUCGAGCCGUCAUCUCUGACAGAGAGGUAGAGAGUGACGAUUGCAGAGGUUAUGAUUAUGAAGAGCCAAUCCCAACCCCUCUACAAGAUCGCUACAUUCAAGAAGCAAGACAGGUAAUAAGGGAUAUUUGUCAAAUGAGUGCUAACAAAGAUUAUGACGAUGAUGAUGAUCUUGUAGGGUUUAAAAGAAAUGGGAAUAUUGACAUGGUGGAAGAUGACAAGGAAACUAAUCAGACAAAGCAGGUGGAGAGAAUGGAUGGACAGAUUGUAGAUACUGUAACCCAAAAACAGCUUGAUGGAGAAAGUGGAAAAUGUUUACCAAGGGGAAAUUCAGAGGAGAACAUGUUUGGUGAUAAGUUAUUGGAUGAACUUUCAGGACAUGAGUCAAGCUUGACAGAUGAAGGAAUUGUUACAGAGCCGGAGCCUGGCUCAUACGGAGGAUUGCCGUCUGGCACAGACUUGCUAGGCCAGACACUCACUGUUUGGACUCCGUCUGGAUUUUAUGAGGAACAGUCACCCAGCAUGAUGCCAGAGACGUCUCUUUCCACUCCUGCCCCGUCUGUGAGAACAGAAUAUGAGGCUGUAGCUAUAGGAGAUGUAAGCAUCAGUAAAACUGUAAACCAAGCUUCUUUAGAGGCUCCGCCUACUCCCAGUGCUCUCCGAAGACGAAGAAAAUUCUCCUCAGCUGCCAACAAUGGCUCAGACUCUAGCAAUGGCAGUAAUGGGGAGUCGAAUGGUGAAUCUGCUUACCGUUCUCUCAGUGAUCCCAUGCCACAUCGAAAUCGCUCGGUGGCAGAGGAUGGCAGUAACAGCUUUUCCAUGGACAGCAACCUACUUGGCUCACUCUCUCUAAACUCAAAGGUGGGUGUAAGUGCAGAUUACUCAGCAGCGGAUCUGUCCGAGUGUACCGGCAGUGCAGCGAGUGACCUGUCAGUGCAUAGUGAUUCUCUGCGGGAUUACAGCACUGUGAUACAAAGCAUAAUGCAUGAACCCGGUGCAAUGGACAAGCUCAUCGAUGAGAAGGCAAAUGGAAAAGCGGUGAAAAAGAAGAGCUUUAGUGACCCCAGCAGACGGGGAGAACUGGCUCCUCCAACACUUGAAGUCCAGAAACAUUCUAACGAACCGAUCACCGAGUUGGAGCAGCCCAUUCCUCCUUCCAGCAGUGAGCCGAUCUUGUCAGAGCAAAGAGAUGAGCUGUGGGAGCUGAACAGUGAGCAAUGCCAGCUGUAUUCCAACAGGAGGUCUCGAUCACAGUCGGAGCAUGUUUUACCCUGCCAUCUUGACCGCAAUGGAGUGAAUAAAGUGAACAGCGAGGAGCCAAAAUUGCCCUUUGACCCAAAGCUGGCCCAGGUGCUGUCUCCUUGUAUAAGCCGUCGUGGUUACAAGAAACGUACACACCGAGUUGCACACCAACAGUCUUGUGAUGACGGGGACCAAUUAGAGGAGCAGCAAGAGGAUCAAACCUAUGAAGAUCAUCUGGAGCCCUCCAAGUCCAUCCCGCCUCAGCUUCCUGUACCUAAAGUAAGGCCGAAACAUGUACGCCAUGCCAGUGAGCCUGCAACAUUUGUGCCCAUUACACCAUCUAACCAGCAACGUGGUUCUUUCAAGAGCCUUGAACCCCAACAACUCGCAAGACACAGACACAGAGAGGGAACUCCAUCUUUAGAGGAUGUGACACAACAGUACAUCCUGGCCUUGAAUCCACCUGAGGGAUCUUCAGAUGCCUCUCCUGAUGGAGCGGUUAUGGAAGGUACCAGCUCUGUUCCUGCAACAACCACCAUUGACCCCAAACUGCAGAGGAAGUCCAGUGAUGAGCUGACUCAGGCCCCGCUGAAAACCAAACCACGAGUGGAUAUGAGAAGACAUGUCAUGAUGACUCUACUGGACACUGAACAGUCAUAUGUGGACUCUCUGAGAACGUUGAUUCAGAGCUACAUGAAGCCACUGAAGCAGCCGGAGAACUCGCCGCUCUGCGAUCCGUCUCUGGUGGACGAGAUGUUCUACCAGAUCCCUGAAAUCCUGGAGCACCACGAGCUCUUCCUGGAGCAGGUGAUCAGCUGUGUUAAUGACUGGCACGACCGCCAGACCAUCGGCGACCUCCUCGUCCAGUCGUUUUCCAAAGAGGUGCUGGCAAACAUUUACUCGGCAUACAUCGACAACUUCUUGAAUGCCAAAGAUGCCGUGAGGAUCGCUAAAGAAGCCAAACCUGCUUUCAUGAAGUUUUUGGAGCAAAGUAUGCGAGAGAAUAAAGAGAAGCAGGCUUUGGGUGAUCUGAUGAUCAAGCCUGUGCAGCGCAUCCCGCGCUAUGAGCUCUUAGUCAAAGAUUUGCUGAAACACACUCCAGAAGAUCACCCAGACCACUCGCACCUGCUGGAUGCUCAGAAGAACAUCAAGCGAUUAGCUGAGAGGAUCAAUAAGGGACGACGUAACGCAGAGGAGGUGGAGCGAGAGACGCGGGUCAUGCAGGAGAUCGAAGCACACAUAGAGGGGGUGGAGCAUAUCCUGAAUCCUCAGAGGAAAUUUCUGAGACAGGAAAUGGUGAUGGAGGCGAAGUCAGUAGGAGGGAAGAAGGAUCGCUCUCUCUUCCUGUUCAGUGAUUUGCUGAUCUGUACAACUCUGAAGAGAAAGUCGGGUUCUUUACGCCGGAGCUCCAUGAGUCUAUAUUCUGCUGCUAGCGUCAUUGACACCUCCAGUAAAUAUAAGUUCCUGUGGAAACUUCCCUUGGAGGAUAUUGAGUUAGUGAAAGGCUCGAGUCAGGCCACCAACAGGGAUACAAUCCAGAAAACCAUCAGCCGUCUGGAUGAGGACCUCAGUACACUCGGCCAAAUCAGCAAGCUGUCAGAGACACUCAGCUUUCCUCACCAGAGCCUGGAUGACGUGAUAAAGGACCUGAUGGCGUCAGUUCACAGGGAAUUAGCAGAGAAACAGUCCCUGGCAUUCAGCAUGACCUUCUUGCCCACCAAGCUGGAGCUGAGCACGGCGUCUGCAGACAGCACGUUCAUCUUCGAGUUCAGCAGUCCAGACGCACGCAGCAACUUUGAGCAGGCAUUUGAGGAGGCCAAAAAAAAGCUUGCUAUGAAUAAAGACGAGUGGGACCCUGAGUUUCUGAAAGCCAUCCCCAUCAUGAAGACCCGCAGCGGCAUGCAGUUCUCCUGCGCCUCACCGAGCCACAGCAGCCCAGAAAACGUGUGUGAGGUCUGGGUGUGUAAUAGUGACGGCUAUGUAGGCCAAGUGUGCGUGCUGAGUAUCAGGGCUGAGCCUACAGUAGAGGCCUGUAUCGCCGUCUGCUCUGCACGGAUCAUCUGCAUCGCAGCUGUGCCCGGACUCAAGAGCAGGGAGCGUGUGGAAUCGAGGCACUUGGCCCCUGUGGCUCCAUCUGAGUCCGAGUCACCUUUGGCUCCUUCUGUCCAACCUCAGCUCCACAUCUCCAUCUCUCGCUCCUCUCCAGAGCUCAGCGAUCCUCCUGCUCCCACAGCACCUGAACUAGGGCCCUUUGAAAGCGACGACUCGGAUGAUGAAGACUCACCGAGCCCCUCGUCCACGCUGCAGAGCCAAGCGUCACAUUCCACGAUCUCGUCCAGCUAUGGCAAUGAUGAGGGAGCAGGUUGUAAGGACAUGGCCCCUGAGACUACCAGUUCGGAGGAGGAGCAGGAGUUCUCCACUGGGUUUGGACCACAGCGACUGAGCGUCGAUAGCCCAAUGGACGGACGCGCCAUGCGCAGAUCAAGCCGAGGCUCCUUCACCCGCGCCAGCCUGGAGGACCUGCUGAGCAUCGACCCAGAGGCUCACCAGAGUUCAGUGUGGCUGGGCACCGAGGACGGCUGCAUCCAUGUUUACCAAUCCUCAGACAACAUCAGGAACAGGAAGAACAGCAUGAAGAUGCAGCACUCAGCUUCCAUCUUGUGCAUCCUGUAUCUCGACAACAAAGUCUUUGUGUCCCUUGCUAACGGCGAAGUGAUUGUUUAUCAAAGGGAAGCAGGGAGUUUCUGGGAUGCUCAGAGUUCUCAGACGUUGUGCUUGGGUUCCCCGAGCGGUCCCAUCACUAAGAUGGUGCCAGUGGCGGGGAAGCUGUGGUGUGGCUGUCAGAACCGGAUUCUCAUCAUCAACACCAGCACUUUAACCCAAGAGCACUCGUUUGCAGUGGGUCAGGACAGCGGGCGGUGUGUGACCUGUAUGGUGAGCUAUGGUCAGGGUGUGUGGGUGGCUCUUCAGGGCAGUGCGCAGGUUCGUCUGUACCAUUCCACCAGCUACGAGAGCAUCGCUGAGGUGGACGUGGCACCUGCUGUUCACAAGAUGCUCGCAGGCUCGGAUGCCAUUAUCCGCCAGCACAAGGCUGCAUGUCUGAGGAUAACAGCUCUGCUAGCCUGUAGAGAUGUGUUGUGGAUUGGGACGAGUGCCGGGGUAGUCCUCACUCUCCCAGUCCCACCUGUGCCCUCCAACGUGGGGACAGGACCUUUGCGGACUCCACUUGUGCCCACUGGCUCUGCCCAUGGUCACACCGGACAUGUCCGCUUCCUCACCUCCAUUGAGCUGCCUGAGGGUUUUGAUGUCCACUUUCCCUCCCAGGCGGAGUCAGAGCUGAGUAGUGACGGAGCAGUGCAGCAGUGCCGGUCCUCCACCCUGCUCACUGGAAAAUCCACUCUGCUGGUGAUCAGCGGCGGGGACGGCUACGAGGACUUCAGACUGAACAGCAGCAGUGAAACAGUGGGACGAGACGACAGCACCAACCACCUGCUGCUGUGGCGUGUGUGAAAGGCUCCACCCACUCCAGAUCAGGCUUCCAUGGUGUGAAAUCAGGCUCCGCCCCCUUUCUGGCAGCAUGCUGCUCAAGAACCCUGCUAUCUCUGUGCAUGAGCAUAACAGAAACUGAAAGGGUCGUUUGUAACAUUUUCUUUGUUUCCUUGUGUAAUCAGUCGUCGAGUUGUGUACUCUGUGUCCCACCUGGUGUAACAAGUGAAUCUCGCGCUGCUUGUGAUGUUUCCUAGUGGGUCAUAUAUACAGUACGUAUAGCGUGACGCCGGCCUACGGCAAAGAGAUGACAUGGAGGACUCGUCACAGAAAGGAAAAAUCCCUGGAUGGAGAAUGAAGGAGAAAAAAGAGCAUGAUGUGUAAAGCAACUGCAAUGUAGAAAAGGGCUCAAAGCUGAUCUUAUUCUCCUAAUCAGAGAGGAUAACUGAAGGAAGAGUCAAGCAGAGAGAAUCUUACAGAUCUAAAGACGGUGAGAUGAACGGAAAAAAGACUCGAGUGUGUUGGGAUGAUCGUACGGAUACUAAAGAUGACUGGAUAUCGCGGAGUGUUUUUUGUCCCGCCACUCAUCAGAGAAUGAUGGCUGAUGGACUCGUUUACACACAGCGUGAUCAACUACUGCUCCGUCACACUGUGAUCGCGUUCAUGAACAGCAAGGUUUUGUCUCGAGCUCCACAAGCGAGAGCAAUACGAGAGUUCGUCUGUACCUAUCCAAUGUGCAAUAUAAGGCUAGGGUAUAUAUAUAUAUACACACACACACUCACACAUACACACCAACUAAAGCCGCACACUUACCCCACCCUCUUCCUGUUCCACCUCCACAGUGCAGUCGGGUCAGAGAUUUUAAGAAAUGGCUUAAAUUUCCACCAGUUUAAGACGUAAAUUUAAAUAACGUAACAAAAAGACAGUGUUAUAUGUGUGUGUGUGUGUGUGUGUGUACUUCUGAGUCAAAACCAUCCAAACCCUUUAGCUCGUAUAGACGACAAUUCCAAGCAAAAACGAAACCUGCAUGUGUUUAUGCAAUGCCUUGAACAUUUAUUUUGAGUCUGGGGUUGUUUAAGUAUAUAAACUAGACACUCUUCAGGUGAAAAGGAGUUUCUAAAGGGCUUCUAAAUUGAACACUUUUCUUCAAGAAAACCCUUUUGUUGGAUUGUAGAACCUCCCAAGAUGGACAAACCAACAAAUCCUUUGGUGUAUUCAAUGGAUUUAUUGUCCCUAAACAUUUAGUUUUCCUUAAAUGGUUAGUUCUUGCUCAGACCAUUGAUCGAUCAUUGAUAGCAGUAUCCAUUUUUGCAACAGCAAUUUUCUUCCAGGUUUCAUCCUGAACUCAAAAAUAGUUUCUUUCUUUAAGAACGUCAUAUUUCAGACAGGUUUCCAAGUAGAACCCCUUAGAAAACCUUCCCAUCCAAAGAACUCUUGAGGAACCUGGUCUUCCCCCAGAGUGCACAAUUAUCUCCUGUGGUGAUCAAGUAAAUAACUCGAGUUGCUCAAGUUGUUACCAUGGUGAUAAAGUGGCUCCACCAACAAGCCUCUGCUUCUUGGUCCCAGAUUGUCCAGAUUUUAUUUUUUUAAUUAUUAUUAUUCUGUCAGGUGAGAACCAGCUGUUUUGCAGUGGACAUGUGCAGAAUGGUUCGAGGUUAUGAUCUAGCACUGUGUUGGUGGAAACAGGCUACCUGUUCCCUUCUCGACAUAUCGCCACAAUCACAGCCCACUUCUUUACACAUCAACACACUAUUCUUUCUGUUGUCCAGUUAUUGUUUUUGUGUCUUGUUUUUUUUUUGUUUGUUUGUUUGGUUGGUUGGUUUUUUCCUUUUAAAUAUGGAGUUCAGUCGGUCAUAUAAAGGAGCAGCCAAUAUGGCUGUUGUGGUGAAAUUGUGUACAGUAUUUAUGUUUUUGAUUUUACAGCACUUAAUUUAUAAAGACUUCUCUUCUGUUACCUAAAAAGGUGAAGCUGUAUGGCUCAUUCAUGUUACUUUCCGGUUCCUUCCAACUGUACCAUUAACACACGUCCCACACGUUAUUGCAAAUAAUUUAAGCACGUUUUCAUCAUAGACAAUACGUAUCACGAUAGUUCCGUAAUAUUUAAAAGAAAGACUAGUGAAAAAAAGGAAGAACUAAAGUAACGCUUAAAAUUUAAGUAUGUUAAAGGCAUCUGUACAGAAUCAAACCACACCACUGUUUUAUUAAGGGAAGACGGCCUUUCAAUUUAAUAAAAUUGAUAAUUUAGUUCUCUCUGAAACUUGGUCAUAAUGAUGUAUGUUUAUUUCUCCAAUAUCUCACAAAAUAUCAGGCAAUUCUGUAAUGGGGAACAUAUCUAAUUUGAGGGGAUUUCAUAGCAACUAAUGUGCGUGAAAUCGCUUGGUUCAUGCAGUCAAGCAAAUGGAAGAAGUGCAUGUGCAAGUUUUCCUUUGAUCAUCUCACCGUCACCGCUGAUCGCCAGUGUUAUUAGUUUGAUCCUGUGUUUCCUUUCCUUCGUAUAUAACAUAACGUCUUUUCUUCUCGCGUUCCGUUACUUUAGUUGGUCUUCCACAUUUCAUUCGACACUCACGUCCUCCAUUUUCCUCUCCUGUUUCAAAUUUGUAUCCAACCAUGCCUUGCAUGAAUGGGGAAAGCCCACCACGUCAUGCAUGAUGUAGUAUCUUGAAUUGGGUCAUGGUGAAGCAGGAAAAAAUAGUGGAGAAUUUAGGGCCACAUGGCCCUAAAGUCAUUAAAGGAGAACUGAAGUCAUUUUUAAACUUGCUUUAUUUCUUAACGUGUUAUUCAGUGACGUUUUCGGUUUUAGUAACCUUAUAUCGUGACCCAUAUUGGCAACUAAUUGCAAUUAAAUAUCAUACUUAUCGGCCUAUUCGGUUUUUAGCCAUGUUGAAUUUAGUUAGUUUGGUCCACGGCAAGCGUCGCUUAUCCGCGCAAUCUUCACGAGACUUGUGCGAGACUUCGAAACGUGACGUGUCAGCCAGGUGUCAGUGCCGCCAUUUUGAAGACUGUUUUCCAAACGAAACAUUGUACAAAAACGAGUUUAAAUGACGAUUACUGCCUACUUUUUUCAAACUUUCCUGAUUGCUAUCAAAACAAACAAAACUUCCAGCUUGAUUACAUCAGCAUUCUAAAGAGGGCGCGCAUGUCUUUUGACAACGUCACUUUGAUUUCCGCUGUAUGUUUUACUUCCGCCCUACGAUGUCUCGCACAGGUCUCAACGAAUCUCGUUUAUGGCCAUUGCUUUGACAUACGGACUAAUAUAUUACAUAGCAUAUUUCAAACACUCAUAACUUGCUAUAGCAGUGAUAAAAUAGCGAUCAAAAAUGCAUUCCUAUAUUUAAUAAAAUGAGAAAUAGAAUUUGGAU